AUGGCACACCAGAAUGGCGCCCCGACCACGAACGGACAUACACCACCAAAAUCCACGCGCCCCCGCCGCGAGUCGCACCCCCUCGCACCCCCUUUCAUCGUCUCCGCCCCGGGCAAAACAAUCGUCUACGGCGAACACGCGGUCGUGCACGGCAAGGCCGCCAUCGCCGCCGCCAUCUCCCUGCGCUCCUACCUUCUCUGCACCACCCUCUCCAAAUCCAAACGCACCGUCACCCUGCGCUUCCCGGACAUAGGACUCGACCAUACCUGGCACAUUGACGAACUACCGUGGGGUGCGUUUCAGCAUCCGGAGAGAAGGAUGAAGUAUUAUGAUGUUGUUACCACUCUGGAUGAGAAGUUAGUCGAGGCGAUGGGACCGUGUAUCGUUAGUGUCAGUCCCGGGGUGAAGGCUCCGGAGAGGAGGAAGAUCCACCAGGCUGCCGCGAGCGCGUUUUUGUACUUGUUUCUGUCGUUGGGGAGUCAGAACUCUCCACCUUGUGUGUAUGCGCUGAGGUCGGCGGUGCCGGUGGGAGUGGGGUUGGGGAGUAGUGCGAGUGUCAGCGUUUGCAUCAGCACGGCGUUGCUGUUGCAGUGUCGGGCGCUGUCUGGACCACACCCGGAUCAGAUGAGUAGAGAGGCGGAGGAACAACUCGAGCGCAUUAACCGCUGGGCUUUCGUUGGGGAGUUACUGAUCCAUGGGAAUCCCAGUGGAGUUGACAAUACCGUUUCCACUAAUGGGCAUGCGGUGCUGUUUCAACGGAAAGAUUACAGCAAACCGCCUUCCGUCUCUAUCCUGAGGGAUUUCCCGGAGUUACCUUUACUACUGAUCGACACGAACCAAGCCAAAUCCACCGCCGCCGAGGUCGCGAAGGUGGGCGCGCUGCAUAAGGCGCAUCCGGGGGUGACGGGGCAUAUCUUCGCGGCUAUGGAUGCGAUUACCAUGUCCGCGCAUGAGGAGAGUGAGAGUGAGAGUGAGAGUGAGAGUGAGGAGAGUAUGAUUGCGCAUCUGGGCGAGCUGAUGACGGUGAAUCAUGCGCUUUUGAGUAGUCUGGGGGUGUCGCAUCCACGGCUGGAGAGGUUGAGGUAUUUGGUUGAGGAGGCGGGGGUGGGCUGGACGAAGUUGACGGGAGCCGGGGGUGGAGGGUGUGCAAUCACGCUGCUCAAACCGUCUUCACCCUCCGAACGAAGUAGUCACUCGAACGGUGACGUUGCUCACGGUGCUGGUACUUCCACCAAUUCAGACGCGUUGGAGAAGCUGGAGCGGAGGUUGGAGGAGGAGGAUUUCGCGAAGUACGAGACUACGCUUGGUGGCGAUGGAGUUGGGGUGUUGUAUCCUGCUGUCAUCGAUGGGGAGGAUAUUGAUCAGGAUUUGUUUCUUGCGGUUGAGGGGAGGGAGGGGGUCGAGGCGUUGAUGGCUGGGAAGGGGAAGGAGGGUGAGGGUUGGAAGUACUGGCGGCCUUGA